CAUCUCUCAAUCCCUCCAGAUGUGGAACAUAUGGCUAUUGACUGGCUGACAGGAAACUUCUACUUUGAGGACAACGUGGACGAUCGUAUCUUUGUGUGCAACGCGGACGGCCAGAUGUGCGUCACCCUGCUGGAUCAGGAGCUCUACAACCCUAAAGGCAUCGCCCUGGACCCCCUGAUGGGGAAGGUGUUCUUCACAGACUACGGUCAGACUCCCAAGGUGGAGCGUUGUGACAUGGAUGGUCAGAACCGGACCAAGCUGGUGGAAAGUAAGAUCGUGUUCCCCCACGGUAUCACCCUGGACUUGGUCAACCGGCUGGUCUACUGGGCCGACGCCUACCUGGACUACAUAGAGGUUAUGGACUACGAGGGCAAGAACAGACACACCAUCAUACAGGGCCUGCUGGUGAGGAAAUGAAUGACUCAAGGAAGAUAUUCCAUUAAAACAGAUACAGACAUAGACAGGCACGCACACACACAACCACCAACUCCGCCUGUGUGUCUGUUGUUCAUUCUGUCAGAUUGAGCAUCUGUAUGGGCUGACGAUGUUUGAGAACUACCUGUACGCCACCAACUCAGAUGAGGGCAACCACCAACCACCAACUCCGCCUGUGUGUCUGUUGUUCAUUCUGUCAGAUUGAGCAUCUGUAUGGGCUGACGAUGUUUGAGAACUACCUGUACGCCACCAACUCAGAUGAGGGCAACUUGAACCACGCUAAGACAAGCGUGAUCCGUGUCAACCGCUUCAACUCCUCUGACUUCACGGUGGUGACCCGGGAGGACCGCAGCGCCGCCCUGCACGUGUACCAUCAGAGACACCAACCCCCAGGUAGGUACACACCCACAACCCCCAUGUAUUUACCCAGAACAGGCACUGCAGGUAUGGGGCAAUCGUUGCCGUGGAGGUUGGUAUGUAGUGUGGUCAGGCUUUUGUUCCAGCCCGGCACGUGUACCACUAGAGACGCCAACCUCCAUGUACAGUGGGGAGAACAAGUAUUUGA